AUGCAACUAAGAGAUAUGACGCCUUCAUCGGCGCUGCUCGCCUCGCUGCUGGCCAUUCCCCAGUUGGCGUCCGCAUUUUACCUCCCAGGUGUUGCGCCGACAUCGUACAAGAAGGGCGACCUCGUUCCCCUCUACGUCAACAGCAUCAAGCCCGUUGCCGCUCCAUCCGACUCCCGAUUACAUGCGAUCGAUUCGUACGACUACUACCACCCUGGCUUCAAGUUCUGCGAGCCUACGCCCCGUCCUCAAUAUGUGUCAGAAAGCUUGGGCAGCAUUCUGUUCGGUGAUCGCAUCAUGACAUCUCCGUUCGAACUCAAGAUGAGGGUCAACGAGGAGUGCAAGUCCCUAUGCGCUCAGAAAUACCCCCCGGCCGCCGUCGGAUUCGUGAAGCGUCGCAUUGAACAAGGCUAUAGCUUGAAUUGGCUGGUGGACGGCUUGCCUGCUGGGCAGCAGAUUUACGAUGACUUCACGAACACGACUUUCUACAACCCCGGGUUCCUCAUUGGCGGCGACGACGAGAACGGCAACAUCAUAUUCAACAACCAUUACGAUAUCAACAUUGAGUAUCACCCGGUUAACGGUGACGAGUCGCAAUUGCGCGUUGUCGGUGUUGUGGUCGAGCCGAGCUCGCGUGCCUACCCGGGCUCACCUGACUGCACCAGCAAGGUGGAGCCUAUUAUUUUCGAGGAGGACGGCACCGAGAAGGAAGUCAAGUUCUCGUACUCGGUAAACUGGGUCGAGUCUAAGACGGCUUGGGCCACGCGCUGGGACAAGUACUUGCAUGUUUUCGACCCCAAGAUCCACUGGUUCUGGCUCAUUGACACUGCCAUCAUUGUCAUCAUUCUGAUACUCACCGUCAUGUCCAUCCUGGUCAAGACCCUGAAGAAGGACAUCGCCAGGUACAAUCGCUUGGACCAGAUCAACUUGGAUGAUCUCUCGGGUACCUCGGCCCUGGAGGACGGUGUCCAGGAGGAUUCUGGAUGGAAAUUGGUCCACGGCGACGUUUUCCGCAACCCAUCGAACCCCCUGCUCCUGUCAGUGCUCCUCGGAAAUGGCGUUCAGCUUUUCGUUAUGACCGGAUUCACAAUCUGCUUCGCUUUGCUCGGUUUCCUGUCACCCUCCAACCGCGGGUCGCUCGGAACAAUUAUCCUUCUCCUUUACACCUUGCUGGGCUUCGUUGGCGGAUACGUUUCUGCGAGAACGUACAAGUCGCUCCAGGGUGAGAAAUGGAAGGUGAAUAUUGCGCUGACCCCGAUCUUGGUGCCAAGCAUUGUUUUCGGGGCUUUCUUCCUCCUGGACCUCGUCCUCUGGGCGAAGGAAUCUUCUGGCGCCGUACCCUUCACCACCAUGCUGGUUAUUAUUGCCAUCUGGUUCAUUCUCUCGGUGCCCCUAUCUUUUGCCGGGUCUUGGAUGGGUUUCCGUGCCCCCGUCGUCGAGCCGCCUGUCAGGACCAACCAGAUCCCCCGCCAGAUCCCCCCUUCCACGACGUACCUCAAGCCGAUCCCCAGUAUGCUCAUCGUUGGCCUCCUGCCUUUUGGCGCCAUCUUUGUCGAGCUUUACUUCAUCAUGAGCUCCGUCUGGUUCAGCCGAAUCUACUACAUGUUUGGUUUCCUAUUCCUCUCGUACGGUCUCAUGAUCGUCACCACGGCCGCAGUAACCAUAUUGCUGGUGUACUUCCUCUUGUGCUCCGAGAACUACAACUGGCAAUGGCGCUCGUUCCUCGCCGCAGGCAUGAGCGGCGGCUACAUCUUCCUCAACUGCCUCUUGUACCUGUUCACCAAGCUGAACCUCAGCAACCUGGCCGGCACCAUACUUUAUAUCGGCUACAGCGCGCUCAUUUCCUUCUUGUUCUUCAUCCUCACGGGAUCCAUUGGAUACUUCGCCAGUUGGUGGUUUGUGAGGAAGAUUUACGCCUCGAUUAAGAUUGAUUAA